GGCCUAUCUGCAGUGUCUGGAUUGCGUGCUGAAGAUCGAUCGACUCAGCGUCGGCCGGCGGUCUAUUGAGAAUCAGCCCUUGCUCGCCUGACCUGAGACGCUUGACAAUUUCAUGAAGCCCUGAAGUUUGCCGAUAAACAUACGUACCACCAGACUGUUCAGGUCCUCACAUGCACGGGAAACAACACCCAUCUGCGACUAUUGACGGCUGGGCUCACUCCCUCCUCCCCUCAGCCAAUCUGAUGAAUCCCAUCACAACGGAAUCCCAUCGUCUACCCCGGCAGACACAGAAUCUACUGCGUCGCCAACCGGGCUCGGGCCCCGUGUUGACGGUAAACGAUGCGCCCAGGAGAGACGUUGAUGUCGCCGUGCAAGCGUACCAUUACCAUGACACUGGCGAACUCGAGAAUGUUCCUCCAGCCGCGGGCGAGGUCGAGUUUGAGGAUUGCUCAUGGACCGACGUCCUUCGGUCUAUGGAGACGGCAAGCAAUGAGUACGGCACCAAGGCCGAGACGCACCGGCUGCGGGCUGCCCAAAGGAACAAGGCUGUCGCCAUGACGCUGCACUCUCUGACGGAGAUGAUUCCAGAGCAAGAUGGACUCAGCGUCUUGCGAGGGGGUCUAAAAACCAUCUUCACUUUGCUCCAAAAGCGCAUCGAAAACGGAGAACGGAUCCUACGCGCUUUUGAAGACAUACCCGUUACCUUUUCGGCAGCAUGUCAUGCCGUCAGGGCGUACCCGGAUGAUGAUCUCCUCCGGAAAUUCGUAGAGGAGCUCUACGACACCUUACGGAGUGUCAUUCCCAAACUGACCGAGGUCCUCCUUCGCAAACACAAGGGUUCCCAUCUUGCUGAACUUGCUGGAAAGCUCACGCACGAAGCUCAUGUCAUAGACUCUUGUCUCGAAGCCGUGUCGCGGGCCUCACACCGGGUCACGGUCAGAGUUGACGCCCUAGCAAACCAAGUCAUCACCGAGACCCUCCGAGAGACACGCACUAGCGGAGAAGGGGUCUCCAGAACCCAAGCCGGGAUGGGGGAACUGCUCGACGGUCUCAACGCCAUCCACAUGAGCCAGCUCGAGAUGGAACGGAUGCAAGCCGCGCGGUAUGAGCAGCUGGAGCGCAAUGUCCAUGCCUUUGUCGAGCACAUCAACCAGGACGUGCAACAGCGGCUCGGGAAUUGCGAGGCACAAUUCCGGGAUUAUGUAAUAUGCCCGCUCGCCGCGAUUACUACCGACGACACAUACACGUGCUUGUCCGUCACUGUCACUGUCACUGUCACCGUCACCGUCACCGUCACCGUCGCCGUCACCCUUUUUCUCUACAUGUUGCUUCGCAUACCUGACGCCAUGUUCCUGGCCGCAGACCUCGGCAUCGUCCUCCGAGCCAGCAGUUCCCUCCGACCAACAGCCCUGGGGCGCGCGACAUGGCUGCUCAGCACCGACCGCUUCAAAUCCUGGGCCCGCAUCGCCGGCGGCUCGCCCGACGUGAUUCUCGUCGACGGCCACCUCGGCGGCCUGACCAUGGGGAAGAUCUCCCCCCUCUCCGUCCUAUCCGCCACCUUCGCAAGCAUGCCCAAGUCGCCUCAUUUCGUCAUCCUGUCACACUACUGCGGCCUGCACACCUCCCCCCAGGACGCCCUCGCCGGCCCGGGGGGCAUGCUCCGCAGUCUCCUCGCCCAGCUCAUCCUCGCCCAGCGGGACGAACACGGCGCCGCCGCCACCGUGGCGCUGGACGAGACCAUCCUCGACGACAUUGCGAACCAGGACCUCGACGCCUUGUGCGAGCUGUUCCGCGCCGUGCUGGCCCAGACGCGCCCGCGCUUGACCGUCUACUGCGUUCUCGACAGCAUCUCCGAGUUUGAGACGUCGCAAGGUGGCUGGGACGACGAGCUUUGUGAUGUCGUGUACUUCCUCCAGUCGGCGGCGAGCCAGCUGCGACGGGGCCCGACGUUGAAGAUCCUCAUGACGGCCGCGAAUAGGAGCAUCAGGAUAUGUCAGCUGGUCGGGGAGGAAGAUAGUGUUUCCUUGAGUGCCGGGCAUGUGAGUUCCCAUUCGACCCAAAGGCUGGGUAUGGAGGUGGACUGGCAGCGCGCUGUGAGUCCCGGCCUGGGGUGA